AUGUGGUUAGAAACACACUGCAAGAACAUUCGCCAGGCCUUGUUGCUUCUUUUCACUGCUGCUCUUCUCAUUGGGGUCACCAUGCUGGCUGUCUCAUCUAACAUCAACCCAGUAGGCUAUUUCUUCCUAGGAGCAGGGGGAGUGUGCCUGAUGGGCUAUUUGCUCAGUAUGUUUGUCGACUGUUACCUGAGGAAUCGGCACCAACAUGACUCAAACGAGAUAACUCCAAGCAGGCAGAGCCAAGCAGGGGUGAAUGCUACCUACGAAGCACCCACCUACGAGGAGGUGAUGACAAUGUCAGCUCCAGCAAUAUGGACAAUUGCAUCCAAUCCAGGCUCAGUGCCCUCACCACUGAAUGAGCCUCCUCCUUACAACACAGUUAUUGAAUCAUCUGCUCAGGAAGAGAUUACAGUGGAGGGUCUCAGGUUGCCAGUGGCAGCAGACCCCAGGCGCUCCUCUGAGCCAGACACAGGCUCCAGGGCGCAGUCACAGCUGGCACUGUCCCCGAGGUGGCAGCGCUUUGUUUCGGACAUCCAUGAAGUGAAAGGGAUUGAAGCCAGGUUUGAGCCACUGGAGCCACUCACUCCACCACCUGCUUAUGAGAGUGCCAUCAAUGAUGAAGUGUUUGAAGAUGCUUUCCAGCCCUCCGUAUUAUGA